AAUGCGAACCUGACGUUUCAAUACGUUAGUACUAACUUGACUUGUAUGUUAUUCGUUGGAAGUUAGAUAUCGUGUUUGUAAAUUUAUAGCGAUGGCUGAGAAGUGUGGAUCAGAGAAAGCAUCAAGCUCUUCACCGAACCUGAUAUGUCCAUUAUGCCUUGAUAUAUUUGUCGAGGCGACAAUCCUGACUUCAUGUGGACACACAUUUUGUAGGCGAUGCCUCAAGAAAUACGAUCUAACCCACCAGGACCUUGAUCACAUGGUCUGUCCUCUCUGCAGGGAGAUCCCCAAGUUGUCCGCCAACCGUGUCGAUGAUCUCCGCCUCAAUGUCUCCAUCAACGGAUGCGUAGACGAUUACCACGCCAAGUGUGGAGGGAUGAAUGCUGUCCUUGAGAUGUGCCAGAAAUGGAAAUGCACCGCUUGCAAGUCUCUGAAAGACGCUGUAUCAUUCUGCAGAACAUGUAAUUGUUAUAUGUGUGAUGAGUGUCUGCAUUGUCAUCAACAUCUUACACUGUUGUUUGGAGAUCAUAAGAUCGUCUCCAUGGAUGAUGUCAUUAAAGGGAAGGUCAGCAUUGGUCAUUUAUUCGAGAAGUGCUCCAUCCACAAAACAGAGAACAAGGAUAUGGUUUGUGAGGAUUGUAAGGUCCACGUCUGUCACAGGUGCGUACUUGUUGGUCAUAAAGCUCAUGAAAUCAAGGACCAGGUUGACUUUGAACAGGAGUUGCGACAUAAGGUGUCAGACCUUGCUCAGAGAUGUGCUGACGAGAAAGCAGAGCUGGAGAAGAACAUUCAGAACAUAGAAAUACAACGUCAUGAGGUACACACUGCAGUGCAGACACUACUAGAUGAUGCCAGGCAAGCCUACAGUAUCAAGGCCAAGGAACUGGAAGAAAAUCUUCGAAAUCUUACCGAGCAAAUACAUGCCUUAGAACGUAGUUUUGAUGACGACCUCAACGUCUUGAAGUCAAAAGAUCGACAGAGAAUCAAGAGUAUUUGUAGUUCAAUAACACUGGUAGAUAAUGACAGACUGGGUCAUCUUGAGACAGACACUCUAUCUGCUCAUAUCUUGCUCUGUGAGGAGCUGGAUGCUAUGCUGAAGGAGGUUACUGAUCACACUUCUGCGGAAGCUAUUAAGAAGAAAGCAAAGGGGAAGAGGUUCAAACCAGCAGACGAUACUCGUCUUGACCUCGGGAGCAUCUCAGGAUCAGAUCCCAAGAUGGAAAUCAUUCAGUGUGUUGAUCUACGGGGAAUGAUGCAAGGUAUGGCACGGUACUCCCAUAGCACUGUCGCUAUCGGGUAUGGGGAUGAUGAUAUUGAUAUCAUUGAUUCAAAUGGCGGAAAGCAGCAGUAUAGAAACACACCCUUUAGUGACAUGGAUUGUUAUGAUCUGGUCUUGCAACGGGACGGGUCGUUAUGCGUGUACACUGGUAAUACAGAAGCCUACAUCUACUCUCCCCUUGGCUCCAGGAAAGCAACAAUCCAUGUGAGAAACAAUACUAAUUAUUAUCUCAAAGUUAACAAAAGUCCAUCAGAUGAAAUCAUCAUUACUAACUGUGGAAAACAAGUCUAUAUCUAUGACCCGACAGGAUCCACUCUGAAACACACUGUUAAAACAAAGCACAAGACGCAUCAGGCAUCUAUCACCAGGACGGGUUUGAUCGUCACGAGUUCAUGUUGGGUCAAUCCAAGCGUGGUGACGGUCUAUGACAGGGAUGGGAAUGCUGGUGAGUCUCUACAAGCUCCAGAGGAUGUCUACCUGUAUGCUGCCGUGGAUGAGCAGGACAGGGUGUAUGUAGCGAGUGUUGAUUGUCAGCAUAGGAAGGUGGUGAUCAGACUCUAUGAUCUUGAUGGUUUGAACCUGAAGGAAAGAGUUGAGUUCAAUGCACUUGAUAUGACAUUGGGUUGGAGUUGGUGUUACUUGGUUUCCCUCUCCCCAGACAUGCUCGCCUUUGCUUGUCACAAGAAGUUAUAUUUCAUCAAAGUAUCACUGUAAUCCACGUUAUAUCACACCAUGUAGUAUGGAAACUGACGUGCUUUCACCCUGCUACAAAUCUACUUUAACAGGUUUCGAUAUUCAAUACUUCAUGUAUAUUACUUACGAUAUGAAACCUUUUCCUAAUGACAAAGUCAGUUAAUGUGAUACAGAUACAAUAAAAAU